AUGGGUGAGGCCAACUCGGCACUUCCGACUCCGGACAUGCGCGAAGCUACUCCAACCUUCAUCGCCGGGUUUCUUUCUUUCAAAGAGAGACUGUCCAGUCGCAGUGCCGGGAAAGAAGGGGGUCGGAUUCAGCCUGAGGCGCCAGCUAUCCUUUCUUCGCCUGCGAUGUCGACCUCGGCUGGAGGAAACAAGUCCCAUGGUGAUGCCAUGCCCCUCGUAGAAUUGGCCAUGGUUCCUGUUCAAGUUCCGGAGGUCUCGGCUCAACCCUCGGGCUCUUCGACCACACCAGUCCCAGCUCCUAAGGAGGAGAAGGCGAUGGAGUUGAUGCCUCCGCCUUUGGAUAGGAAGGAGAUCGUCCUAGGGCUUCCCGCGUCCAGUGCUGCUCCUUUGACCAAAAUUCGCAAGAGGACUGGCGCUGCAACCGAGACUGUCAAGAAGAGGAGAUGUACCGCUGGCGCGGAAGGGGAGCCCUCGGGACCUUUGCCGCAAUAUCGUGCCAAGAUAGAGCGUUCGACAAGGGGUCUGGCUAAAUCGCGAGAGGCGCUGAAACAAGCUGAGGCCACAUUGAAAUCUACUGAAGCUGCUCGUGCUGCUGAGCUCUCUCAGCUGGAGGUUUGGGUCAGCGAUCUCGAGCGGGACCUCGUAAAGUCGGCGAGUGCAUUGUUCAAGCUGAAGAAGGAGAAGAAGAGCAAGGCUUCCGAAGUCCGUCGUCUCCAGCGCGAAAUUCAGAACCGAGAAGAGUCAAAGACUGUUGUUUCGAGUGAUGAUUUUCACGCUCGCCUGACGAGGAUGGCUGUUCUGCUGUUGUCUCGCAAGGAGGAAUUGAAGGCUUCCAACGGGGACUUCGACUCGGUCCUCUCUCAGCUGCAGUUCGAGUGCACCCUCACGCCGUGUUCGGGAGAGACCGAGGGGCAUUGCCCCGUGGCUGAAGAAGGUGGAGAUGUUGCGAGCGGGAGAGGAAACGACGAAGUGGCCGAGGGAGGCAAUGGCUAUGAGGUUGAGGAUGAAGGUAGUGCUCCGAGGAGUGCUUAG